AUGGCUGUACGAGUCCUCUGCAAGGAUGCGCCGGAGCGCACAAUUGUCCUCGUGGCAAAUGGCUACGCCCUCACCAUGCGCCAUCACCAAUCAACUGAAGAAUCGGCCGGGAAUAUAGAGAUCUUGAGCUAUCCAAAAUGUAUUGUCGAGUUUACUACUGCCGAUUCAAUACCUCUGGCCGAGUACCGCACCCUGGGAACCGGGCUUGGAACACUCGGCCUUAUCGCGCUGGCCGCUGGGGAGGUUUUUAUAUGCAUCGUCACUCAAGCAACCAAUGUCGCUAACGUGAGACCCGGAGAAACAGUGCAAAGAAUAGACAGCGUUGACUUCUAUUGCUUAAAUCGAUCCGACUAUGACCUGGUCCAGGAUUAUGAUUUUGAUUCUUAUAAUAGCCAUACGGGGAGGCCUUACCAAGAAUAUGAAUCUUCAGUCGAGAAUCCAUCUUUAACACUAAAAAAGCUGCUUGGUGAUGGAAGCUUUUAUUACAGUUCUGACUUCAACUUGACUGAACGCAUCCAGGACAGAAUUGAUGACCCGGUUGCCUAUGAUGUUGAGAGCCUGGAUGAGGAUUUUCUGUGGAAUUCAUUCAUGAUCAAGCCUCUACUACAGCUCAGAAGCGGGUUAAGUCUGAAUGACAGGCAGAAUCUAGACUCAUCUCGUCUUCUUAUAUCUGUUAUUAGGGGGUUUGCUCUGUCCUUAGCUAUCCCUGCUUCAUCGCCUCUAUUCCCAGACAUUGAAUCCAAUAUGCCCUCAAGCUUAACAGUGAUAUCGCGCCUUUCCUCUCGCCGUGCGGGAACCAGAUUCAACGCAAGAGGCAUUAAUGAUGAUGGAAAUGUUGCCAACUUUGUUGAAACUGAAACUAUCCUAUGGAUACCUCCUGCCCUAUGCUUUUCUUAUACCCAGAUUCGAGGCUCUGUACCUAUAUUUUGGGAACAGGAACCUGGUUAUAUCCCUGGACAACAGAAAAUCAGCAUCAGCCGCUCUGCAGGUGCCACACAACUUGCAUUUGAUAAACAUUUCGCGGCUCUAGCGGAGAAAUAUGGAGCCGUUCAUGCAGUUAACUUGCUCGCCAAAGCAAAGACUGGAGAAGCGGAACUGUCACAGAGAUAUAUGUACCAUGUUCGAGGAAGUCCUUUGCGCCAGAAUCGUGAUAUAAAGUCGGACUCAGACCAUGAUCUUUUGAAGUUAACAGAGUAUGAUUUCCAUGCUGAAACGAAAACAACGGGAUAUGAAGCUGCUCGUUUUAUACAGAACGUGAUAGCGGAUUCUGUCGAAGGAUUCGCCUAUUUCCUUUCCGAGGGUCCUCAGGGUAACGAUAACAAUAUAUCAGCAUCAGAACUCAGACUUCUCAGGCAAAGAAACGUUGUGCUACAACAGGAGGGUGUUUUUCGAACCAACUGUCUGGAUUGUUUGGACAGGACUAAUCUAGUUCAAACCAUGAUUAGCCGUAUGGCAAUUGAAAUGUUUCUUGAACAGCGGCAUGGUCGUGCGUCACCGGAAUUCUGGAUGAAGCACUCAACUCUAUGGGCUGAUAGCGGAGAUAUCUUGUCGAGAAUAUAUGCCGGAACCGGGGCCUUGAAGUCAUCUUUUACCAGACACGGGACAAUGUCAGUUGCUGGUUCCUUUGCGGAUAUGCGGAAGAGUGCAGCCCGUCUAUUUGUGAACAACUUUACCGACCCGGGAAAACAACUUACUAUAGAUACCCUACUGGGGCUUUUGCCUAACCAGGAGCUAGUGUAUCUGUUUGACCCAGUGAAAGAUGCAGUGAACGCUGAGCUUACCCGGAGACUGAAGGAGUUUACCUCGUCCGAGAAAAUCAAUAUAUGGGUUGGAACAUUUAACAUCAACGGUCGCCGUGAAGGAGCUACGGAAGAUUUGGGCCCAUGGCUGCAUGGCUCUCUGAAAAAGCUUCCCGAGGAACCUACCAUAGUUGCUGUUGGAUUCCAAGAGAUUGUUGAGCUUAGCCCCCAGCAGAUUAUGUCUACUGAUCCAAGCACACGCAAAAUAUGGGAGCACGCAGUUAUAUCAUCACUCAAUGCUAGGGCUGCGAAGAGAAGAACAACCGAAUACGUUUUGCUAAGAAGUGGUCAGCUAGUGGGCGCUGCACUCCUGUUGUUUGUAAAGAAGGAUGUUAUCAAAAAGAUAAAGAAUGUGGAGGGUAGCUUGAAAAAGACUGGCUUAUCUGGUAUGGGAGGAAACAAGGGUGCUGUUGCUAUCCGCCUGGAUUAUAACAACACGUCGAUAUGCUUUGUCACUGCCCAUUUAGCUGCUGGUUUCUCAAACUACGAAGAAAGAAACCGAGAUUACCAUACCAUAGCCCAGGGCCUUAGGUUUCAACGGAACAGACCUAUUGCCGGGCAUGAUGCAACCAUCUGGUUUGGUGAUUUUAACUAUAGGAUUGGCAUGAGCAACGAGCGUGUGAGACCUUUGAUUGAAAAGGGAGAUAUAGAUACACUAUAUCAGAAUGACCAGCUCAACCUCCAAAUGGUCGCUGGCCUUGCAUUCCAGUAUUAUAUGGAAGGGCCUGUCACAUUCCCUCCGACAUAUAGAUACGACAAUGGCACAGAUGAAUACGACACCUCAGAAAAGCAAAGGAUUCCCGCCUGGUGCGACAGGAUCCUUUGGAGAGGGAGAAUUCUACGUCAGCUAGCCUAUAAAACUGCGCCCCUGAAGUUUUCGGACCAUCGACCUGUUUAUGGAGUAUUUGAGUGUGACAUAUCGAUAGUAGACGAGAAGCGAAAGGAGGAAAUAAGCCGUAAGCUUUACGAAGAACUAAAACAAAAUCCUGGAGCCACUAUCACAAACCUGCUAUCUGAUAAUGAAGGAGAUGAGAAUGAGCCUAUGCACUCAAUCUCUCCUGGCCUUCCUCCUCCUAGCUCCGAGAAGCACAAAUGGUGGCUCGACUAUGGCCUUCCUGCUCGAUCUACCAUUUCUCCGCCGCUUGGUGCUAUGAUCAACGUACAGCGUAGUGCAAACCCCUUUUCAGUCUCUCAAGGGUCUGAUUGGUUUCACGUCGGAAGAGAUGAUGCUUUAAGCGAAAUAAGCGACCAGGACCCACGUCUUCGGGAGUCAAAGAGUUCAAUAUCCUCUAACCCUACAGUACCACUUAGGUCAAUUACAGAAACUAUAAGUGGUCCUGGGUCACUUGACAAAAACACAUCUCAACAGUCCAAAGUCAUCGUGAGCAGCCAACCCGUGAAAACAGUGAAGAUACCACCUCCAAUACCCAGGAAACCAGCAAAAUUGAGCAAGCCUGCAUCAGGUGAAUCCAUUCAGAAGACAGCUUCUAAACCCAAUAGCUCCAAUGGAUACGAAAUGGAUGAAAUGCCUCCUACACAACAGAUCAAAAACAGCCAAGGGGAAUCAUAUUCGAACAACACUGCUGGAGUCACUGCCUCGUCGGUACUAAAUGCUACCAAACAGCCACAAUCAACAAACGAGCUUAUGGAUUCGGAUACUGGAACAAGAGUACCGUCGUGGGAGCCACUUCAACCGAAAAAGUGA